CCCGCAUGAACCGAACUUUGCACAUUUCCUCUCACUAAAAGUGGAAAAUAACUCUCAACGAUCAUUCUCAAUAUUUCUACGUCACAGCACUUUAAAUUUCUCAUCAACAACUCCACGUUUUAAGAAGAGUUGGCAUUGAACAUAUACUGAUGAGGUGAUGUUCGGAUUUUAAUAAGUGAUCCAACAUUGGAUUUUAUUAAGAGGGUAAUAGUUUGAUUGGUAGACGGUGUCGUUUCCUUGUGGGUAUGACGGAGGCGAAGGAUUGGCGAUGUGUCGUUAUGGUGGUGACAAGGAUCAGAUCAAAGGGUGAGGGAGGUAACUGGAAUCCAGCUUGGGCAGAUGCACGGAGAAGGAGAGGAGAUGCGGGUGAAGUUGGGGGAAAACGGGUGUUCGAGGACACCGAGGAGGCUGGGGAAGCUGGCAGGUUUGAUGGGCAAGAAAAGUUGGGAAAAGUCAUUGACCCCGAAGAAUACAUUUCGCCGCUUACGGUAAGCCUGUGGUGUUGUGCCAGUUUGUGUGUAGUUUUAUGGGUAGAUAUUUUGAAUUGAGGGCAUCUGUGGGCGGGAAUGUGUGGUAUGAAAAGUUGCAAAGUUGAAAUGUUUAAAUGGGAGAUCACUCGAAUCAUCCGCUGGCCGAGGAAAUAUUUGUCACAAAUUUCCAUUGCUCUUUGCUUGGUCUCGGUGUAGAUCUCUACAACUCCUUUGCAGAGCUCACUCGCUUUUGCUUGACUGCCUCACUUGAGAAUAAUUGGGCUGCAAUUUACACUGCUCCUUAAGUCCAGGUCAAAGCUUAUCCAAGAAUUUCGUCGGAGGUUUCAGGUUAUCUCAACAGAUUUUUGGACGAGACAGAAGUCUCGAACUUCGGGUAGUAGUAGGAAGGAGAGCGGCAGCAUUGCUGGUGUAUCGCUCAUACGCCGCAUCGAAUAUGGAGGUUCCGCGAAAUUGUCCGAUGUAGUUAUGCCAGGAUUGACUUUGAAGCUUGAGAUAUUGCUAGCUAAAGUGCGGAAGUAUAGCACAUUAGGAUAUCUUACCCAAUUGGAACAUAGAAAUGAUCUUGUAAGUUUUCACCCACAUUUUGCCGAUCCAUAGAAACAUGGAUUCCUUGUUUUUGGAGUGUAUCCGUAAUUCUUAUUCCUGAUAACUCAAGUAUUUGGGGACUUCCAAUUAAAUCUGCACAUAAGAUUAACCUUUCUUCUUCUUUCUUUUUGGCAUUAGCAAUAGUUCGAUUCGUGUUUUCCACCCCGGAGGAUUUAUUUUUCCAUAAGUGCCAGUAAUCACUUUCAGAUUCGGGGUUUUGAGACAGACAAGUAAUAUGCAUUCGCUGCAGACUUCUCUUCUACUAUUCAGAUCCAAACCCAAAGGAUUGAGAUAUUCUCCUCAUGCAUCUCUCGGAUCACUUUUCACUCCCAAUCCAAGAGCUUCGGAAGUCCUAGGCCAUGGUUCAUCUAUUGAUCCCAUAGAUAUCCGGAAACGUGUUGAGUAUUGCCCAUUAUCACCAUGAAUACUUGGAACGAUGCUUCCAUCUUCAAAGCUGUUAAACAAUGCGAGCGGUACCACAAAGUGUUUAAAUCAUUUGAAAUUGGGUCAAACGCUUCCCUUGACCAAGUCGCAUUUUCAAGCUUGCGCCAGUUUAUUG